UACCCAUCAAGCUUUCUUUUCUUCAACCAAAUGGACUGGACUAGACGCCACGUCAUCGGUCACGGCUCCUCCGCCACCGUCUUCCUUGCCACGGAUUCUUCCUCCGGCGACGUUUUCGCCGUCAAAUCCGCUGAGAUUUCACACUCGCAAUCUCUACAAACUGAGCAACGGUUUCUUUCUUCUUUAGCCUCUCCGUACGUAGUUUCUUAUAAAGGGUGUGAGGUCCGGAGAGAACAGAGUGGGGUCGUGAUGUUCAAUCUUUUCAUGGAGUAUUUGCCCAACGGUUCGCUUGCCGACGUAAUUCGCCGCCGUGGAGGACGGCGGCUCGACGAGGCGGCAAUCGGAAUUUACACGCGGCAGUUACUACAAGGCCUACAGUACAUUCAUUCCAAAGGCUUGGUACAUUGCGACAUUAAAUCCCGAAACGUUUUGAUCGGUCGAGACGGUGAGGCUAAAUUGGCCGAUUUCGGGUGCGCCAAGUGGGCAAGCCAAACAGACUCAAUUGGCGGCACGCCGCUGUUUAUGGCACCAGAAGUGGCUCGUGGAGAGCACCAAGGGCUACCCUCUGACAUUUGGUCCAUUGGGUGUACGGUCAUCGAAAUGGCCACCGGCGGCGGCUCACCCUGGCCGAAAACAACCAGCGACACCGACCCAAUUUCCGCUCUGUACCGAAUUGGGUAUUCCGGCGAGUCGCCGGUAAUUCCAUCCUGUUUAUCCCACCAAGCAAAGGAUUUUGUUGAGAAGUGCUUAAGAAUGAAUCCAAAUGAGAGAUGGACAGCCAAUCAGCUUCUAAAUCACCCAUUUGUGGGGGAAUUCACUUCAUCCCCAAAGAAAAUCCAUGAAGUUCAUUCGAAUUCUCCAACGAGUAUUCUAGAACAGGGCGUUUGGAGAUCCAUUGAAGAAAGUGAAAUCAGAGAAGCCAAAUCGUGUAGACCCAAUAGUUGGGCAGCAGAGCAGAUCCGACGGCUGUGGAUGGCCUCAGGAGAGCCGAGAUGGAGAGAUGAUGAGAACUGGAUUACAAUUCGAAGACAGGACAUUGGAAAAAGCAAAGAAGUCGGUGACGAAGGCGACACGAUUGGUGGGUCAGAAGUGAAAGGCUGUAGUAAUAAUUGUUGGGGUGAGAAACAGAGUGGCGGUGGCGGCAAGGAGUGGUCGGAAACGGAAUUCACACAGAAUAACGGUGGCUUUAGCUGCAGAAUUAGUAGGAAUGAUUUGGCAGACCAUCGUUGUAAGAACAUUAUUAGUCUUGUACAUAAUAAUAAUAAUAACAAUAAUAAUAAUAAUAAUCCUUCAACUUUUCAUACUCAUACACCUAAAUUUCUUCCUCUAAUGUCAAUUUUAUUAUGA